AGAUUCAAGAAUCAAAGCUCUUUCCUGUAGAUUCGCUCUUGAAAAAUUCUUCCAUCCUCUCUCCCCAAAAGAUCCAUCGAGAUUUCAUUCCCCCCCUUCAACCCCCGGUUUUCCCUUGAUUUUUUUAAAAAUUGGCGCGAAAAAGUGGACAUGAGAGUCGAAGGAUUCGAGGAAAAGGCUUACGAGGAGACUGACGGUCACUCGCUGCCGCCUAAUCCUCCUGUCACCGGUGAAGAUAGCGAGAUCGACGGAGAAGAGCUGUUCGUACCUCCUUUGAAUUUCGCCAUGGUCGAUAAUGGAGUUUUCAGGUCUGGUUUCCCUGAUUCCACCAAUUUCAGCUUCUUGCAAUCUCUAGGGCUCCGUUCUGUUAUAAAUCUUUGCCCUGAGACCUAUCCGGAAGCCAUCAAAGAGUUUUUAAAGGCUAAUGGAAUCAGGCUUUUCCAAUUCGGUAUCGAUGGAUACAAGGAACCUUUUGUAAACAUUCCGGAGGAAACAAUCCGGGAAGCAUUGAAUGUCGUCCUUGAUGUAAAGAACCAUCCGGUGCUAAUCCAUUGUAAACGAGGAAAGCACCGUACUGGUUGUGUCGUGGGAUGCUUAAGAAAAUUGCAGAGAUGGUGCCUGUCUUCAAUUUUUGACGAGUACCAGCGUUUUGCCGCUGCGAAAGCAAGGGUGUGUGACCAGAGGUUCAUAGAGAGGUUCGACGUUUCCAGCAUGAAGAACAUACCGAUAACGUUUUCAUGUUCGAAAAGGUAGCGUGCAACGCAUCGGAUAUUGCUUGAAGUUUUACUGCCAAUUCAUAAUCGAAACAACUUAGUUAAUAAUAUAUA